CUCUCUCUCCUCGCCAUGCCGCGCACAGUCGACAUUGGCGGCCUCAUCUUCCACCCAGACUUUACCGAGCCGCGAACAGCCGGCAUCCUACAAUCCUCGCAAGGCGUGCACUUCCACUUCGACCUCGGCACGCUCGCUAUCCUCUCAUCCUUCUUCCGAGAUCUCCCCGACCUCCCCCUCCCAAGGGAUGAAGACCCAUCUGGGGCGCGCGUGAUCCCCCUGCCAUCUGCGACGACCGACGCGCUAGCGCUCGCUCUUAACCUCAUCUCCGAUGCCUUGAGCGUGCGUGACGCGCACAAGCGGCGCAAAACUGAGCUCGACUGGCCGCGCCGGCCGACUCUCGACUCACUCAUCGCCAUCACCAACGCAUACGACCUGCCCCUCGUCGCUGAUACGUUUCUUGCACGCUCCGCACGGCAAGUGAAGACUGGGGAGCCGAGCCUAUGCUAUGAGCGUCUCGCGUUUGCGGCUGCUACCGAGUCGCCAUACCUCCGCCAAGCGGCCCACGCGACCAUGUUCCGCCGCUGGCGACACGCGGGCGACUGGAGUCGCAACAUCCUCAAGCGGCACCCCGAGGGCAUGAUUGCGUACCUCGAUUUUCAGCGUAUACUGGGCCACUGCGUGCUAGGGUGGUCCGUAGACCUGCAGGAAGCGGCGGUUAAGCUGCUCUUUGAGUGUGAUCGAGGGGACCCAGCAAGACCAAACAGCAAGGCGAUCCGUGACCUCAUACGCGAGCUCGACGACGUAGUCCCCCAGGAGAUCUUUGACAAGCGGCACCCUAUCCCGGCCACUGCUGAUCGCAAACUGCAGAAGUUGGUCAGGGAACAGAUCGUAGUGUUGAGGGAGGCGCUCGAGCUGUCGGAGACCAAGGACCCGGGGCUCAGUAUCAACCUCAGUAACUAGGAGCACGGCUAUUUCCCACCCGUGUCAUCAUGGGGCAUGGAAAUCGAUUCUUGCCACCUCACACGGCUUGCC